CUGGUGGGUUUGCACUUUGCUCAGAGUAACUCAUUGCAUUCCUCACUGCAUUUGACUAGAAGGUAUGGAGUUCUAGCCAAGCACGGUUAACAUGACCUCCACAAGACAUGAAGGCACGGGAACUGCUGUGUUUCUUCUUCGCUAUCACACUGGACCCUUGUGGAUCUCAAGACCUAUUCUUUCCAGUCUUCUUCAGUUACCGCAAUAGUAAUAAUGAGCAGCUCAUUAUUGGAAGAUAUGAUGAAGAUGUGAUUCUCCCUUGCCUGUUUACGAACGAGCCUGACGUUGUAAUUCACUGGAAAAUUCAAGAUAACACUGUUCACAGUUACUUCAAAGGCAUGGACCAGUUGGAAAGACAGUAUCCUAGAUAUGCAAACAGGACAUCCCUCUUUCACAGUGAAAUUCACAACGGGAAUGCCUCUCUAACGGUCAGAAGAUUGAGCCUUCUGGAUGAAGGAAUUUAUAGCUGCUAUGUGGGAACAACAAGUAGAUAUACUAUGAACAAAGUGGUCCUGAAAGUGGGAGCUUUCUACACACCUUUAAUGAAAUAUGAAAAGAAUACAGGGAUCUUUCUGGUUUGCAUUAUCCAGAGUGUUUAUCCUCAACCACGUAUCACAUGGAAAAUGGACAAUGCAAAUGUCUCUGAAAGCAGUACAGAAGUAACUGGGUCUCCGGGUCCUUUUUAUGUUAAAAGUACACUGAAUAUUACAGGAUUAAAUUCAUUUUUUGAGUGUGUUAUUGAAAAUUCACUUCUCAAUGAAACAUGGAGAGGACAGUGGACAUUUGCAGGUAGUCUUUGGAUGAAUCAAGGUGAAUCCAUCUCACUUUGGUGUAUAGUUGGCAGCAAUUUCUCUCUACAAAAUCAAGACUUCCGUGUUAGUUGGUCUAAAGUAGAAAAUGUCUUGGAUUGGCAUCUGAAUUCUUCACAGGACAGAACUGCUAAUGACCUUCACUUCGCAUGGAAUAAAGAGCUGAGAGAUCACCAUGACUUACUCAAGACAUUGAAACAUCUUCAUCCUUCAGACAGCGGGGAAUACUUGUGUAAUGUUUCUUCACCUGAGUAUACAUUACUCACCGUCUACAGGGUGCAUGUAGGUAAGCAGCAAAUAGGGCAGGCUAAUGGUUUUUGGGUGUUGCAACAAAGGUUUGUUAAAACUUUUCAAAAUGUCAUUGGUGGAGAAACCCAUGAGGGUAUUGCUCGUGAGGGUAGGUGA